AUGGCCAACUCCGACCCCGACGUCCACCGCGCCAUCUCCCUCCGUCCCUCCCCCUUCCAUACCCAUCCCGAGCGCACCCCGGAGCGGAGCAGCGACCACCUGCCCACCACCCGCCCUGCGCAAAGCUCCGCUUACGAAAAGUCCAAGAACAAACACUCCGAGGCCUUCAGUCGGCCGGUGUAUCACCGCAACAGCUCCGACUCGGAACGAGAAGAUGUCGAGGGGCACCCGCUUCCCGAUUAUAUCGAUGCCCAGGACCCCUACGGCCUUCGGGGCGGCUUGAAGACGGUGGAGGAGAUUGAUACCAUCCGCGCCAACACAUCUCGCAAGCGCGCCGGGUGCGGGCCUCUGCGGCAGCCCAAGGACCAAUUUCAAGCACACCGCAUCAAGGGCUUUUAUGAAUCGCAGAACGAACGGAUUGAGAAGUUAUUGAGGCCGGUCAACGAGCACGUUCGUUUGGCCAAGGAGGAACAGGGGGCAGAUGCUCUGCAGUUCAAAAUCGCCGUUCAGGGAAGCUUCGUGGCCAAUGUCUGCCUCGCCAUUCUGCAGGUGUACGGCGCCACCAGUGCCGACUCUCUGUCGCUCUUCACCACAAUGGCCGACGCCAUCUUCGAUCCGAUGAGCAACCUGACCCUCAUCUUGUGCAAUCGAGCUAUCCGUCGUGUCGACCCUCGGCGCUUCCCCUCGGGCAAAGCACGCAUCGAGACCUCGGGAAACAUCACCUUUUGCUUCCUCAUGACAACGGUCUCCGCGAUCAUCAUUGUCCAAUCCAUCGUGAAGAUUGCCGAAGGGAACGGCGGAGUGAAGACGGGCAGCUUCCACCUCCCCUCCGUCAUUGCCGUCGGCGUCGCCUUCGCCACCAAACUCUGUCUGUUCCUCUACUGUUGGGCAUUGAGGAACAAGUACAGCCAGAUCCGCAUUCUCUGGGAAGACCACCGCAACGAUCUGUUCAUUAACGGUACCGGAUUGUUGACGAGUGUAUUGGGUAGCAAGCUGCUUUGGUGGAUUGAUCCGAUGGGCGCCAUCAUCCUUUCCACUCUCAUCGCCUGCCUCUGGCUCAGCACCGCCUAUUCCGAAUUCCAGCUGCUCAUCGGAGUGUCCGCCGACACCAGCUUCCUCCAGCAUGUCACCUACAUCUCCAUGACGCACUCGCCCCAGAUUAAGUCUUUGGAUACGGUGCGCGCAUGGCAUUCGGGCCCGAGGUUGAUUGUGGAGGUGGAUGUAGUGAUGGAUCAGAACAUGACGCUGAAGGAAACGCACGAUGUGGCGGAGGAGCUGCAGAUCAAGCUGGAGUCCCUGCCGGAUGUAGAGAGGUGUUAUGUCCACGUGGACUACGAGACGAGCCAUGCUCCCGAGCAUUUUUGGAAGAAGGAGUUGUAG